AAGGGCUAGCUAGAUCCAGAAAAAUCCUUGCUGUAGUCAGAUCACAGCACAUGCGUUCCACGCAAAUCCAUCUCAUGAGACCGGUCAGGUUGUGGAUCUGUCCGUGAGGCACACCGGAGGGCCAUCUUGGGUUGCCAGGCACGCCCCAAUCUCCUCCCAGGGAUCAACAUUGACUUUGCUAAUAAACUGAUCCCUGAUGGCCAACUCCGGGUUAUUGUAAGAUGAGAUGAAUCAUACUCACAUGAUCAGAUGGACAUUGGGCUCUUAGAUUUUUCACCUUGUUGUCGGAUGGUCCAAGUACAUGCUGUGUGGGUUGCCAGUUUUGCCAUGAUGCAGCAUUGUGCCUACUGAAGACCAGCCAUACCUAGAGCAAAAUCAUACAGUAGCAGGGUUCUUAGUCACUCAAACCAUACAGCUUGUGAGUUCUGUCCAAGGUGUGGCAGUUCAGAUUGUAAGGAUGAAGCUUGGGAGCCGAAGGACAGGAGGGUUCAGCAAAGCCCUCAAGGAGCAAAGAUCGAGGCUUUAUAUCAUCUCGCGGUGUGUUGUUAUGCUGAUCCGGUGGCAUGACUGACGAAAAACAAUUUUUGCUAUUGCAUUUUUGUUUUCUUUUCCCAGUUCUUGCUUGGUGUUUUCUGCUACUAAAUAGAUAGGGCAAGUGUAUAUAUAGAUAAAGGCAGUCAACAUGAAUCAAUAUUCAGAUUUGUUCCUCUCUUA